AUGCUUGGAAUUCUGAUUUGCAUCCUGGCGCUGCAUCAAGUGCACACUGCCUGUGUUCUGGUGAGCAUUUGCCCAUCAAACACAUCGGUUCAGGCUGAGAUCGUGGACCAGCACAAUGCCUUCAGGAGAGCAGUUCAGCCUACAGCCUCCAACAUGCUGAAAAUGAACUAUAGCGCGGAGGUCGCUGUCAGUGCCCAGGCCUGGGUCGACAAGUGUACUCUGGCUCAUGGACCACCCAGCACUCGCAAGCUCAAUGGAUAUCAAUUAGGUGAGAAUCUGUUCUAUUCAUCUGCUCUGACCUCAUGGACGGAUGUUAUCAAUGCCUGGCACAGUGAGGUGUCACGCUACAGUUAUCCCACUGGAUCUACCAACGGACAAAGUGUCGGUCACUAUACACAGGUGAUAUGGAACAGCUCAUACAAGGUCGGCUGUGGAGCAACACUUUGCUCUAAUGGCAUCUAUUACUACGCCUGCCAUUAUUACCGAGCAGGAAACUUCGAACCUUAUGAACCUUACAAACAAGGACCCUCUUGUGGCUCCUGUCCCAACAACUGUGAGGACAAACUCUGCACCAACCCGUGUCCUUACGUGAACAAGUACAUCAACUGUCCAACCUUGAAAACCACAACUGGAUGCAGCAAUAAGUAUGUGUCUGCCUGGUGUCCUGCUUCCUGCAAAUGUGCCACUGAAAUCAUUCCCAUAGCCUAAAGACAAACCAUCCAGUGUUUAAAUUCUUCUUUGACCUUCUGCUAUUCACAUAGGUACCUCUUUGUCAUUUCUGAAAUAAGCUAACUGUCCUCUGUCUUCUGUAAGCUAUUAACAAGACACUCAUGACACACGCAAAGAGCAUGAGAAAAAACCAAAAAAAAAGUAACAAAAAAAAGCAUCUGAUUCAUGCCCUCAAGUUAAAGGGAUGCUUUGGGAUUGUAAACUAUGUAUCUUCAAUAAAAACACUUUUGGGGAGUUUCAUCAAA